AUGGUUCCUUGGUUAGUUUCUCUAUGCUCAAAGCCUUUGGCAUUAUUUUGCACCCUCGAAAUCAGAUUGGCACUCGAGAAAUCCUUUGGUGUCCGCCGGCUCCGGGUUGGAUUAAAUGCAACAUUGACGGUGUUGCCUAUGGUUCCCCUAUGUGUUGCUGCUUGUGGUGGAAUCUACCGUGAUGAUAAGGCUGUCAACAUGCUCAGUUUCAGUGUUUUUUUGAAUGAAGGAUCUCCUAUUUUUGCAGAAUUCAUGGCAGCUAUUAUAGCUAUUGAAAAGGCUAAGCAAUUAAAUUGGAAUAAGCUAUGGAUUGAAACGGAUUGUUUACUUUUGGCUUUGCACUUAAGAGGAAAACACCUUGCAGAAAUCUGUAAGGCUGAGUAUCCACUAUUCGGGAAGUACUGUUUAUGGAUACUAGCUGAGCUUGUUGUAAUCGCAUCAGACAUACCUGAAGUGAUUGGGACAGCAUUUGCUCUUAACAUACUAUUUCAUAUUCCAGUAUGGGGAGGAGUUUUGUUGACGGGAUGUAGCACGCUCUUGUUUUUUGGCCUUCAAAGAUUUGGAGUAAGGAAAUUGGAACUUCUGAUAUCAGUUUUAGUAUUUGUAAUAGCUGCUUGUUUCUUCGGAGAAAUGAAAUACGUAAAACCCCCUGCAUCUGGUGUAGUCGAAGGAGUAUUUGUCCCUAAACUCAAUGGAAAUGGCGUUGUAGCCGACGCUAUUGCCCUCUUAGGAGCUCUAAUCAUGCCUCACAAUAUUUUCCUCCACUCUGCUCUAGUGUUAUCAAGAAAAAUACUUGGUUCUGAGUGUGGUAUCAAUGAUGCAUGCAGAUACUUUCUCAUUGAAAGUGGUUUUGCUUUGUUUGUCGCAUUUCUAAUUAACAUUGCAGUGAUUUCCGUGUCUGCCACUGUUUGUACUGCCAAAGACAUUACUGCUGAAAAUGUUAAAAGUUGCAGUGAUCUUACCCUUAACUCAGCUUCUUUUCUUCUUAAGAAUGUAUUGGGACGUUCCAGCUCAAUCAUUUAUGCAAUAGCCUUGCUAGCUUAUGGACAAAGUUCUUCCAUAACUGGGACAUAUGAAGGAAAAAAAAAGUUAUUUCGUAGUUGUAUGCAUUCCAUCAUAAUUUUAUAA